GCUGAAGUUGCAGGGGGAGCGAAGGUUCAUUGUGUCCGCCGUCUCAAACUCCCGAUCCGUUUCGCACCAGAGAAUUCACCACAAGCAUUUCCAGGGAAAUGACCAAUCUUGCUUUUGAAGACACACAUAGUGACAGCCGCAGCGUCGAUGAGAAGCAGUGGAGGAACUCCAUUCUAACUGAAUGGAUUGGCAUGGGGAGAAGCGGACCUCAAAUCACGGCUAAGCGGCAGCUUUGGGACUGUUUAACGUUGACCAUGGUUUUACUUUCUCUGCCGGUCCGACCAGCUCACUGCCAGCAGUGUCGAAUCCAGCGCUGCAACGCAGAGUACGUGGCGUCUACCUCACCUGCUAGUGGUCUCCAGGAGGACGCGGCUCUGGAUGUGGACUACUGCACGGCCCUGCGGGCCUACGCCCUGUGCACCAGGCGGCAGGCGCGCAGCUGCAGGGGCGACCUAGUUUACCACUCAGCCGAUUUCCGUAUUAAGGAAUUAUUCUCGCAGCACAACUGCUCCAGCGAUGGGCCCACCUCCGCCAAGGCCUCCAGCACACCCCGGCCAGCCGCGUUGGAGCUCUGCGACUACGAGAGUCGCGUCCUCGCGUUGGGCUCGGCUGGUCAUCAGAAGAAGUACGCCCAUUGUGGAUUAUUCGGGGACCCGCACCUACGGACUUUUCGUGAUGAGUUUCAGACCUGUAAGGUGGAGGGGGCGUGGCCUCUGAUUGAUAACCGCUUCCUGUCCGUGCAGGUGACCAACGUUCCUGUUGUUCUUGGCUCCAGCGCAACAGCAACCAGCAAGAUCACUGUGAUCUUCAAGGCCUAUCAUGGUUGUACAGAGCAGAAGGUGUACCAGGCCACCACUGAGGACCUGCCCCUGGCCUUUCAGGAUGGGACUCGUAGUGGCGGCGAGAGCGGCAGCCUGGCCAUCUUCGAGCGCGGGGGUCCCGGAGUGGGUCGGCAGGUGAAGAUACAGGCCCGUUACAUUGGAACCUCCAUUAUCAUCAGGCGCGUGGGCAGCUACCUGACCUUUGCUAUCCGCAUGCCAGAGGACACGCUGGACCUUUCUGAGGACAGCGGUGGACUCCAGCUGUGCCUACAUGGCUGCCCGCGUAACGAGCUCAUCAAAGAGCACAUGGUGAGCCGUCAGGGCCAGCAGCCACACCUGCACGGCGCGAGCACAGAGCUGGGGCCUCUGCGGCCUCCUCACCAGAUCUACACGCUGGAGAGGGCCACCGCCAAGUGUAGAGAGACUCUGCAGGUGGAAGACUUGUACUUUCAGUCGUGUGUGUUUGACUUGCUUACUACAGGAGACCCGGAGUUCUCUAUGGCGGCGUACGGCGCCCUGGAGGAUUUGAAGGCACUGCCACCCAGUAAACUGAAACAGAAUUCCCCAAGGACUCCUCGUGUUAGUGGCCGAGGAGAAACGCAGAUGCUGGCUGCAACAGCAGCUAACGGCUGUCUGCUCUCUCUCCUCAUUUUGCUGCUGUUGUAAACAAACAAACAAACAAACAAAAACCAGAGGAACACCGGACAUGAGACGUGGAAGCAUUACCAGCUUGAGGAAAGAGUGACAAUCACUUUAUAUACUUUCCCCCUAGGUUGAAGUGAGGAUGAUAUCAUGAGGAUCUCAUCUGUUUUUCCUCAUUUGAAGGAUGUUGUUUACAAACAUGUAAAAGUCAUGGUUAACCUGUUUUCUAUUGAAUUGCGCUUGCUUUACAUCAUUUGGAGAGAAAAAAAGAAUCUAAUAUGUGAAAUUAAUUUUAUUAUAGUUUCUCAGAAACCCAAAUUUGUCUGAACUGACCUCCAGGAAUGCUUGUAAAUAGUAUUAAACAGAGAACGUGCAAAGCAGAUAAACACUCUGCUGAAAGAGGUACAAUAACAAUUAUACCAUACGACAAGCAUUUUUAAAGGAAAGCUAUGACUUCUAGAUCCUUUCUAAUCCCAUAAUAUCAUUAGCACUUAACAGUUUCAUACCAAUUGUGUGUGUAUAUCUUUUAUCUCUUUUGUUUGUGGUUUCCAAAAUUGGCAUCCAAAAAACGCAGGAUCCAACAACUGUAUGUAAAAACUACCUAACCUGAAACAUGUCAGUGGUCAUUGUUCUGUGCAACACUCCCUCUUCAAGCUGUCUGGCUUCCAGUUUUACACACACACACACACACACAAAAACUUUAUAUAAUAAUAUAUUAAGAGUGUAUAUAUGUGUUUUAUACUGUGUACAUUUGCCUGUAUAGAUGUUUUAACUAAUAUGUUUUACAUUUGUCGUGUUCAGUAGGUUAUUUUUGAGUCAUUGUAAGAAAAAGUCAACUAAUAUGUUUGUGCUGUAUUUUUAAUUUUCUGUAUUAAAGCGUUCUCACUCCA